GUGAGUAUGGGCACUACUUUUCAACCGCUGAGGUCCACAGUAAUUUUUCGAGCUGGUGCUGAACAGAAUAACGUGAGCUGAUAUCAACCGCCAAAAAGCGUCUCGUUAGACCGUUAGAGAGGAGAGAGCACAAAUUGCAGCCCGCACCCGAGGACCACGCAAAGAAGGGAGCGAGCGACAAUGGCCGGGACAAUAAACAAACCAAAGAAGCCCAAGUCCAAGCGGAUGCCGGUGCGCCUGCGCCACAAGAUCGAGAAGGCGUCGGCUGCGAAGCAGCGCAAGGCCCGCAAGCUCGCCAAGAAGAACCCGGAAUGGCGCAGCAAGCUGAAGAAGGACCCCGGCAUCCCGAACUUAUUCCCCUACAAGGAGAAGCUGCUGCACCAGAUCGAGGAGGACCGCGCCCGGAGGAAAGAGGAGCAACAGCGCCGCCGCGAGCUCGCCAAGGCCGCCAGCACCGCCCAGACCGAGAAGAAUGAGGGCGAUGAGGACAUGGGCGACGAUGGCGUGGCUGAGGAUGUUGAGGCCAGCGACGUGGAUGAUGCUAUGGACGAGGAUGUCGGCGACGUCGACGAAUCGAACCCGCUGGCCGCCCUCAUCGCCAGCGCCAAGAAGGCCGCCGAGCAGUACGAGAAAGAGCUGCAAAGCGGCGACGAGAUGGAUGACGACGAUGACGAAGACGACGACAGCGAGGAUGGGACGGAGGCCGGCGUCAUCGAAGUGCCCGGCGGCGCCUCGUCCCGCAAGGCGUACGACAAGGUCUUCAAGCAGGUAGUCGAGCAGGCCGACGUCAUCCUCUAUGUGCUGGACGCCCGCGACCCCGAAGGCACGCGCUCGCGCGACGUCGAGCGGUCCGUCAUGGCUGCCGCGGGCGGCGGCAAGCGCCUCAUCCUGAUCCUCAACAAGGUCGACCUGAUCCCGCCGCCCGUCCUGCGCGGCUGGCUCGCCCACCUGCGCCGCUUCUUCCCCACCCUCCCGCUGCGCGCCUCCGGGCCGGCGCCCAACGCCCACACCUUCAACCACCGCGACAUCACGGUGCAGAGCACCAGCGCCGCCCUCUUCCGCGCGCUCAAGUCGUACGCCGCCUCGCGCGACCUCAAGCGCGCCAUCUCGGUCGGCGUCAUCGGCUACCCGAACGUCGGCAAGUCCAGCAUCAUCAACGCGCUCCUCGCCCGCCUCGGCGGCGGACGCAGCCAGCGCGCCGCCUGCCCCGCCGGCGCCGAAGCCGGCGUGACCACCUCCAUCCGCGCCGUCAAGCUCGACAGCAAGCUCACCCUGCUCGACUCCCCGGGGAUCGUCUUCCCCUCCACCACCUCCGGGACGACCACAGCAACAACAACAACAACACCAACAGCCUUCAUCCCCAAGAACCCCACCGAAGCGCACGCCCACCUCGUCCUGCUGAACGCCAUUCCGCCCAAGCAGAUCGGCGACCCGGUCCCGGCCGUCAGCCUGCUGCUCAGGCGCCUCUCGGCCGCGCCCGACCUCAUGGACCGCCUGGCCCGGCUCUACGACCUGCCGCCGCUGCUGGCCCACCCGGACAGCGGCGACGCCACCACCGACUUCCUCGUCCAGGUCGCCCGCCGGCGCGGCCGCCUCGGCCGCGGCGGCGUGCCCAACCUCGCCGCCGCCGCCAUGACCGUCCUGACCGACUGGCGCGACGGCCGGAUCCAGGGCUGGGCCGAGCCGCCCCCGCCCGCGCCGGCUACUGCUGCUGCUGCUGCUGGUGCGGGUGGUGAUGGGAAGGCGGUGGUGGGAGGCAGGAUUGCUGACGAGGAGGUCAUGCCCGAUCAGAAGGUCAUUGUGACUGAGUGGGCGAAGGAGUUCAAGCUUGAAGGGUUGUGGGGGGACGAGGGGGAGGCGGCGAAUGAUGUUGAGAUGCAAUAGUGUCUUUGAUAUCUAUAUGCUCGGUUGGUGGAGAAGGGGGUGGUAGGUAGUGGUGAUGCUGUUUUUUUCUUUUAUUGGGUUGAGCGUCCGCCCGCUUCUGCGCCGGCCAUAGUAUUUAUUUACCUGGGCUGUUGGUUUUACUCUCGAGGCGUUGAGGAGUCAAAAAAAGGGGCAGGUAUCGUAGACAGGU